AUCAGUGAGUGCACUUCCUGGUCACGUCGCGACUGAAACGUACAUGACAUGUAGUUUAUAGAACAAUCACUUAUUUCUUGAAUCCUUGGUACUAGGAAUGCUACGACAAAACUGUCUCAUCCCCAUUCGUUUAGCGCUCGCCAUUUUGGACUUCCCGUAUACAGUCAACACUUACGGACUCAGGGCUGCCAUCCCCUGCUCAGUUGGCCAUCCUUUCAGAGUCAACCCCUCCAUUGCUCUCAUCAGUUCAAGUUGUUCUAACUGCUCCAAGAGGGUCUGCACAAUGAAAUCUUCAGCACACAUUAAAUCCAGAUGCCCCGAGUACCCGGCCUCCAAAACCAAGCGCAUCCUGGUGAGUGAUGCCCAGGUGGAUUGGAGUCAGAGCUUCCCAGGAUAUGAUCCAGUCAACUACACUCAUCCUUCUGUGGCAAAGAAGCCAGUAUGGGCAGAUCCUGAAAUUGGCUCAUUCUCCCCGCAGUUCAAUACUUUGGAUGGAGCUGUGGACAGAAGAAGCUUUGAGGGCUGCUACAAAGUGGAAGAUGGAAAGCCACUAAACCCUAAUGGACGCACAGGGCUGACGGGCAGAGGUUUGCUGGGGCGAUGGGGACCCAAUCAUGCUGCAGAUCCUAUUGUCACAAGAUGGAAAGUAGAUGCUAAAGGAGAUAAGAUUCUUCAUCAUAUCUCCAAAAAGCCCAUUCUGCAAUUUGUAUCCAUCAAGAGAAAAGAUUGCGGAGAGUGGGCCAUUCCAGGCGGAAUGGUAGAUCCAGGGGAGCAGGUUUCUCUGACGCUUCAGCGAGAGUUUUCAGAAGAAGCAUUGAAUUCGCUGGGAGUGCCGCCAUCAGAGAAAUCUAAAAUUCAUGAGCGCAUCACCCAACUUUUCAAAUCACCCGGUUUUGAGGUCUUUAAAGGAUAUGUAGACGACCCAAGAAACACUGAUAAUGCUUGGAUGGAGACCGUUGCGGUCAACUUCCACGAUGAAAAUGGCAACAGUGUGAGCGAGCUACCGUUGCAAGCUGGCGAUGACGCAGGCCAAGUACAGUGGGUUGAUGUGGACUCGUCCUUCCCACUCUAUGCGAGCCAUUCUCAUUUACUGGAGUUGGUUGCUAAAGAGAGGAAGUCCCACUGGUAGCCACGGACGGCCAUAACAAUGUUGGAAACAUUUGUGCCAUGACAUCUUGAAGUAAAAAGGAUAAAAGACUUGAUUCAAA